AUGUUCACGGCCGAUGCCAAACCUGUGCCUACAGUCGAAAGGAACGUGGAGAGUGACGAAGAAGGUUCCGAAAGUGAGAGCGAUGAGAACGAGUCCGUUGACAGUAAAAAACGAAGUGCGACGGAAUCGUCUACAUUUACACUUACAUCUGAAGAAAGCGAGGGCGAAGCCGAACCGGAACCAGAGCAGCCCUCUCUUGAGGAGACGUGUGCGACAAGCGGCUGGUGCGGACACUAUGGAGAUGUUUGA